GCGCUUUCCUGUUUACGGGCGGGAAGAGCGAACGAAGCUGACUGUGGAAGCUUCAGUGUUUAAAUAUCCAGCACACUUCUCUUAAUUUUCUUUUAUGCCCAAGCGUGCAGGGCAGAUGGAGGAUCCUCCUGCAGAUUCUAGCGGCGGCGGUGCAGCAGUGGAGGGCCCCACGGUGCAGGUGGCGGAUAUGUGCUGGCCGACAGGAGCUCUCCCUCUACGGCUUCUGGAGUGGAAAGUCAAACCGGGGUCUCUUGUUAACGUGGACUCUGUGAUAGCACUGUGUGUCCCUGUACCUCGGGAGAAGGGGGCAGAAGCUGCCAGGAUGCCAGAGAAGAAGGUGAAAUCGGACCGUGCUGGAAUAGUAAAGGAGCUAUGCUGUCAGGUUGGACAAAUUAUUCCUCCCGGAGGUGUCAUUGUCAGAAUUGAGGAAUGCAGCCAUCCCAUAGUCAUGAAAGGCUUAUGUGCUGAAUGCGGCCAAGACCUGACUCAGCUCCAGGGGACAAAUGGGAACCAGCAAACUCCCAUCUCCACAGCAACAGUCUCCAUGGUGCACAGCGUCCCUGAACUGAUGGUCAGCUCUGAGCAAGCAGAGCAGCUUGGCAGAGAAGACCAACAGAGACUCCACAGGAACAAAAAACUGGUCCUCAUGGUGGAUCUGGACCAGACGCUGAUCCACACCACUGAGCAGCACUGCCAGCGUAUGUCCAACAAGGGCAUUUUCCACUUCCAGCUCGGGCGAGGGGAGCCUAUGCUUCACACACGACUACGCCCACACUGCAAGGAGUUCCUGGAGAAAAUUGCCAAACUCUAUGAGUUGCAUGUCUUCACAUUUGGGAGCCGCCUCUAUGCACACACCAUCGCUGGCUUUUUGGAUCCUGAAAAGAAGCUUUUCUCUCACAGAAUCCUUUCCAGAGAUGAAUGCAUCGAUCCGUUCUCCAAAACGGGGAAUCUUAGGAACCUUUUUCCCUGCGGCGAUUCGAUGGUCUGCAUCAUUGAUGACCGAGAGGAUGUCUGGAAGUUUGCACCGAACCUCAUCACUGUGAAGAAAUACAUCUACUUCCAGGGCACCGGAGACAUCAACGCUCCACCGGGAUCACGGGAAGCUCAGAUGGCCAGGAAAGGGGGGCCCUCAAGUCGGCCAACAGAGAGCACUGAACAAACGGGGACACCUGAUGCAGAUGAGCAAAAUAAUGGCCUCAGGAAAAAGGUGAAGGACCACAACGUGUCCGGACAGGGAGAGCCCAUAACACCUCAGUCUUCUCAGGGAGAAACGGCAAAUGAAAGGACACACCUCGCAGGGGUUGUUGAGGAUGAUGCAGGACAAAGUCAAAGUUUAGAAACUGAGACAGAGUCAGGAGUGGGAUCAAAGGAAACUCAGGUGGAUAGCAAAACAAGCACUAAAGAAGAUGGUGACAACAGGACACGAGAGGCAAGGGAAGGUGCAAACUCAUCAGCACCGAGCCAUGAGUCCAAUAAUCUAGAUUUUGACCUUUCUAGUGACAGUGACAGUGGCAAUGACUCCAUUAGAGAAAAGCCUCCCUCACCAGACAGUGAAAAUGAAGACAGAUCUCACCAGACAAAUGAAUCCGGACAGGAAGGAAACGGACAAGACCUCACUGAUGGGGACGACACAAGGAAACGGGAAGGUAAAGGUUGUGGUGAAGUCGAAAAUAGCUCUGAUGCAGCAGAACCUUCAGGCGUUCUCCUUCCUGACGCCGAAGUUGGAAAUGGAUGCUUAGAUAGAUUAGAACCAGAAACAGAAUCCCAGAAUAGUGAGCAAUCUGGGGUCACCAUGGGUGAGGAGCUCCUGGACCAGAGCAUGGAAGAUGAGGAGGAGGAAGAAGAAGCUGAUAACGACCAGGACGAUCACUUGAUCUACCUGGAGGAAGUGCUGGAAAGGAUCCACACAGAGUACUACGCCCGCUAUGAGGCCUACCUGAGGAAAGAGACCUCAGAAACGCCGGACAUUCGUAAGAUUGUCCCAGAGCUAAAGAGCAAGACGCUGGAGGGCACAACGAUAGUGUUCAGUGGUCUGUAUCCAACCAACUACCCCAUGGAGAGGACCCGUGAGCACUACCAUGCCAAAGCACUGGGGGCCAAAAUGGGCAAGAAUCUGCUUCUCAGCUCUCAAGAUCCAAAUCGAACAACACAUCUCAUCGCAGCAAGAGCAGGCACAGAGAAGGUUCGUCAGGCUCAGGGCUGCAAACACCUCCAUGUGGUCAACCCUGACUGGCUGUGGAGCUGUCUGGAGCGCUGGGAGAGGGUGGAGGAGAAGCUUUACCCACUGAAGGAAGAUAGCUCCAGGACACCACGGAGCAACAGCCCAGCAACUUUUCCUGACAGCCAAGGCUCCCUGCAUAAGCCUCUUUUCCACCCAGCCCCCAUCCACCCCCGACCUCCACCUGCAACUUUAGAAGUUCGGACAUACGAUUCAGUUACAGGAAAACUCAUCCGCAGGGGCCCUCAGGCGCCACGUCCACCACACUACCUCCAAGGGACGGUCUCUGAUACCAUAGAGCAGUCUGGUCUCAGGGGAACCACGCAGAGUCAGCAGAACGAGGCGGCGGGGUCCAGCCAAGACGACGAGCAGCCGGGGCCGUCCCGUCGGAAACGACAGCCGAGCAUGUCGGAAACCAUGCCGCUGUACACGCUAUGCAAGGAGGAUCUGGAGAGCAUGGACAAAGAGGUGGACGACAUCUUAGGCGAGGAGAGCGACAACGAGAGUGAGGGCCGAGGGAGGGAGAAGCCAGGUAACGAGGAGAUGGACGAUGAAGAGGAGCAGCAGCGCAAAGAGCAGCCUGGAAUUGAGCAGACGGCAGGAAAGGGACUCGUUCCUCAGGCGCAGAGGGCGAAGGAGAGGCUUCAGACACCAUCCAGUCUGUCCCAAAGUGUCCCAAGGGGCCACAAACGGAAGCACGAUGAAGCUCGAGAGGAAGAAGAGGUCAGCAGGGAUGAUGUGGAUAACAAGCAGGAAGGAGAAGAGUCAUCCGAUGAGUCCUCCAAAGACACCAACGAGGAGGAGGAAGGCAGCAGUUCGGAGGCAGAUGAGAUGGCUGCAGCCUUGGAGGCCGAGCUAAAUGACUUCAUGUGACAAGAAAGCCGAAGAAGCACGAUCACUAGAAAGGGACCACAUAAACCCAAGCCCCGUCGACCUUAAAAGUGGUACCUAAAGUUAUUUUUCUGCUUUGUAACCUGUAACUAGGGUGUGUGAGCCAUGAAUGUGCGUUGUAAUGAAAACUGAAUGUCCUGUACAGAAAUUGCUGUAUAAAUAAAGGCUUAGAUUUUUGUAGCACUGGUAUUUAGCCUUUUUGGCAUAAACCCUUUGAUGUUAACAUUUUAUUGUAAGAUAAACUAUAGGAGACAUGAAAUUUGAUACACUUCAUUUUUCUAUUUCAAUUUUUAUAUUGAGGAAAAGAUAAAUGUUGAUGAACAUCAGCUGUAAAUUUUUUGAUCAUUGUACUUGCCAAAGAGUUUGAAAUAAGUUUGCCAAGGUGUGCAACUUCAUUUUUUACUCUUCCAGUUUUAUUUUUCAUUUUUUGUUUCCUUAACAGGUUUUAGAUGAAUUAAUUCAACCAGCGGAUUUAGACGUUUGAAUGUGUUUCUUCCUCCUUGUGUUUGUACAUCUCACAAAGCUUUGUUGUAUGAAGGUAAGCUCCUCAGUUUUGUGUCAUAAACUGAACCCAAAUUCACUUUUUCCUCAUGCAGCUCAGUUCUCCGCCCUCUCUAAUACACUGGAGCUUGUUUCGGAGCACAUUUUAAGACUUCUAUGCUAAACUAAACUCUGGAGGUGCUGCUCAAAACUACCACGUGAGCUAAUAUAACUCAGUCUGGCUGAAACGCUCUAUAUUCAUGUAACUUAACUGUUUAUAUGAAACAGAAGUUGUGUAUUAACCCAAAGUUUCCCUAAAAGACAAGUGCAAAUAAAGAAAAGGACAGUGGUGUUGGAAAAAUAGAGGAUAAUGCUUAUUUUAAGCAUUCUGAUUCUGCAAUUAUUAGUGAUAUUUGUUUUAAAAGAAACCUAUUUCUGCUCUAGUGUGCCCCUUGCAGUUUGUUUGCUGAUUUUUCGUAUCUAAUUGGGUUUUUUUUUAGGAACAAUGGAAAUUAAAGUCUUGUUGCACUUUCAGCCACUGCAUAGUUCAGACUUGAAAUUAAAACCACCUGCCAAAAUUUUCUCAUCAAAUAUUGAAAGAAAAAUAUUUGUUGGAACUUUUGUUUUAUGAAGUUUGAUAGUGCGGAAGUCUGUUAUUUCAGACCUAUUACAAACUCAAAACACAAACAGUGGCAUGAACUCAAUCUUUGCAUGCAAUGUACAGUAUAGCUUUACAAUAUAAAAAUAUGUAUAUUGAUUAAAAGUCUUUCCACAGGAAGUGAUAAACUAAAAUCUGAGCUCCUACACUGAGCAGAGAGCGCUCCAGCACCUCAGCUGGGUUUGCAUAAACCAGCCUCACUGCUGAAUUUAACCACAUUGUGUGCACUUUAGCAGCAUUUUAUGUUGCAGGAUGCAAUGAUGCAAAGUCGGGGUGUGUGGCUAACAGCAUAUAUUUGCCCCUGGUUAGGAGUCAAACCUGCAGCUUUCAGUCUCAAUCCUCACCAGUGAUCUUCCAUUUUCUGAAUUUAAGCAACAAAACUAAAUAAAAAUGUUCUAUGAAGCAGAGGGCUGAUGUCUGAUCAGACCUGCGUUCAGUUACUGUUCAACCAUCAAGCUGGUUUCACCCAGAAAACAUGAGUUUUUUGUUUGUUUCCUUUUAUAGUGACUGCCAUCGUUUUUUGUGUGGUUGUGGUUUUAUCAGUGAGUUUCAAACUAAUGACAUGUAAAGUAUUUGUAAAGUCUAUUUCCUACUUGACCCAGAGAAAAAAAUACUUUCAUCAAAUAAAAAUGUUUUUUACGUAACAUGAUGCAGUUUACUGAUUGGAAUGAUGAGAUUUUAAAUAUGAACAUAGUUGUGCAUUUGUACGCCAGUGAUUUGAUUUUGCUGCCUUAUCGUCGUAGGGUUUUAAUUGUAAAGUCGUAACGUGUGUGACACUGAUGGACUUUGACCGUUCUGUUUCAUGUGGCUGCUCAGGUUUACAUGUGUGGCAGGUUUGUUGUAAUUUUUGUAAUUAUAACAAACAGCCUUCUUCUCCCUGUUUUCAGCUCGCAGUUCUAUUUGUUUCUGUUAUGUUUCAUUUGUGAACCAUAAAAGCCAAACUUUUCCUUUUUAAAUCCCGUUUUAUUGGAAAUUGGUGCAAAUUGU